CCCUACCGUGGAAACACAAAUAUAUGACGUACCGAAUGAUCGUCUCCAGCAUCGUCAUCGAAUUUGCCCGUUUAGCAGCUUCCAAUCGGGCGUAAUUUCCUCGCCGAUCGCGACUUCCCCGUCGCGCGGUAGAGAUUACUACGUCCAGUCGAGCGCGCGUGUGUUCCCAUAGUCAUGCUUCUCCGAGGGACCCUGCUGCGGUGGUGACGCGAAGUCUUGGUCAGUUUGGUGGAAGCGCUUCAACGUUGUGCAUACAGAGAAGUGUCGCUGACCACGCGAUCAUGGCGCUGAAGUUGGCAGCAGUGAUGCUGAUCGUCGUCGUUGUUUUGGGGACAUUAACGGUGCGGGUCGAGUCCAGGACUUUGCCAGAAAGCCGGAACUGUACGAUACCUGGGCAACCGGACGUGGGAGUCUGUAGACCGGUUGUGGAAUGUGCGGCAUUUCAAAAGAUUGCCAACGAAAGUGAAUCGAAUCUGGUCGCUGAACGUGACUUUGUCGAGGCGUUGUGGUGUGGUAAACGGGAUGAAGGUGAGAUUUGCUGUCCCCGGGAUGGGGCCGACUACCAGGCGAUUGAGGAGCCAGAGGACGAAGAGUGCGGAGUUCAAGGGCUGCAGUAUCGAAUCCGCGGUGGAGCGAUAGCUCAAAUUGACGAAUUCCCGUGGACGGCAAUGCUACUGAAGGAAAACGGUAAAACCAAACACCUGGACUACCACUGUGGGGGAGCGUUGAUAAGUCGGACCUUCGUGCUCAGUGCGGCCCACUGCGUUACGUUCAAUGCGGGCGGAACAAACCUAAAGGAUCCGAUCAAGUUCGUCCGGUUGCGCGAGUACAACUUCUUCACGGAUCCGGACUGUGAAAUCGAAGGCAACAUGUUGGAUUGUGCCGAACAGAAGGUAGACCGCGAACCCCGCCGCAUCGUGAUUCAUCCCGGCUUCAUGGCGGGAACGGCUCCCACGUACAACCACGAUCUCGCCCUAAUCCAGAUCGAUCCCGUGCCGCCGUACACGGACUUUUUGCGCCCGAUUUGCCUGCCCGAGCGAGGAAUGCGACCCCGGCGGUUCCUCACCGUGGCCGGGUGGGGCAAAACGGACUUUUUCAAAGAAUCUAUUGGGACGAUAAACUUCAGUCCGAUCAAGAUGAAGGUUGUGCUGCCACACGUCGACUUGAAGCUGUGCCAGCAGGUCUACAAGCUGUUACACAUUCGGGUGAACGAGUCUCACGUAUGCGCCGGCGGAAAGGUUGCACAGGACAGCUGUGCCGGCGACAGUGGCAGUCCGUUGAUGCAGUACGACCCGCGGAGUGGCUCGUGGUUUCUGAUGGGAGUGGCCAGCUUCGGGGUGCAGCACUGCGGCCGAGAGGGAAUUCCCGGGGUGUACACGAACCUGGGAACGUAUCUGGACUGGAUUCGGGAGAAUAUACAACAGAGUUGAGUAGA